AUGGCUACUGCGGCAUCGGUAGGUUCUGCCUUUGAGAAGAUCAGCGUUCAUCUUGAGUGCAGCAUCUGCACAGAUAAAUACAAGCAACCAAAAGUACUUGACUGCCUUCACAGCUUCUGUGAGGAGUGUCUCGUAAAAUACCGCGAUGGCGCAUACCAAGGAGAACCACGAAUCCCCUGCCCUGUGUGUCGUCAGGAGACGGUACUUCCACAGUCUGGCAUCCAGGGCCUCAAGACCAACUUCCAUUUGGUUGGUCUGAUUGAUGAGUUUGAAUUACAGGAAAAAGUCGCGUUCUCAGCUGAAGCAAAGCUCCUCUGCCAGGUGUGUGAUAAGGGAAACGAAGCCAAUGAUCGCUGCUUGGAUUGUGAAACGAAUAUCUGCAAGGAUUGCUGUAAGACACACCAGCAAUUUCCCACAUUAAAGACCCACAAAAUAGCAAGUGUUGAUGACAUUCGUCAGGGAAAAGUUAGCGUGCCUAUUCAAGCGGACGAAUACAAAUGCCAAGAUCACAUGGAGAGCGUGAAAUUCUAUUGCAAGACGUGUGAAAAGCUGAUUUGCCAAGUAUGUACUGUCUUAGAUCACUGUAAACCCGAUCAUGACAUCAUAGACAUCGGAAAAACUUCAAGAAAAUACAGACAGUCACUGAAGAAUGGCUUUCUUGCCUUUGAAAAAGACAUUAAGGGUCUUGAAAUAUCUUUACGGGAUGUGGCUGUAUUUGAGAAGCUUUUGAACGACAACACGACAAAGGCUCGAAAGGGGGUGGAGGACAGAGCUGCUGGGGUCAUAGCGAAGGUCAAAGCUGGAGAGAAACACCUCCUUGAUGAGAUCACAACGCAACAAAAGGAGCAAAAAAAGAGACUGCAUGAGCACGAGAAGACACUAAGCAACCUACUUCAGAGGAAGAAACAUUCCUUAGAGACCAGCCAAGAGGUAACGAGAAAUGCAUCGGAUUCCCUAUUCUUUUCCCUCCAUCCCGUGAUCAGCAAAGACAUGGACAAGCUCAGAGGUCAACCAACUCCAAAGAUGACAGGGUUAAAGUUGCAUCCCGUAUUCAUUAAGAGUCAGAAGCUUGACAUCGAUCUGGGCAAGGUGGUGGUGGAAGAUAUGUGGGAGAUGUGCCAAUCUUUUGGCAAAAAGGGUAGUGGUAAAGGGGAGUUUGAAUCAGCCAGAGGCAUUGCUGCUGCAGCUGACCCUGACGAGAUUGCUGUGACUGACUGGAAGAAUGGUAGAGUGGUAAUCUGCGACAACCAGGGACAAACCAAGAACACAAUUCCCAUUGGCCCAAAUGAUGUUAUUGCUGUGUCGAAUCUGUGGGUGUGUGCCGACGUCUGCAAGGUGAUCGUUUACCGUCGGGACAUCACGUACAAGUUUGGCUUCGGCACGUUUUCGGAUAGAGAUAAGGUUGGCAAGACAGACGUGUCUCUAACGAGCGUAGCAGUCAUGGCGAACGGUAAUAUCAUAGUGGGUGAUAAGAAGAGGAAGGUGUUGACUGAGCACAAUCCCAGUAAUGGUGAUAUCCUACACACCAUGCCAGUGAAGAUACGACCCACCUACUUGGCUGUACUGAGCAAUGGUUGGAUUGUGAUCAGUAACAGGGAGCAAGGACUAGUGGAGGUAGUGGAUGUUUCUAAUGGCAAGGCUGUGACUGUUACCACGAUCCAUCCAACCAUCGCCGGGAAACCAGUGCAGCAAUGUCGGGGUGUAUGCAGCAACAGCUCGGGUAUCUACCUUGCAGUGAACACAGGGUACGUCAACACCGGUCACAUUCACCACUAUGAUUGUGCUUGUCAGUUUGUCAGUUGCUUGGCCCAAGGUCUGUAUUCCCCCAUGGGAAUCACAUUCACAGCAAAUGGGCAGCAGCUGGCAGUGGCUGACUAUUACUCAGUAAAAAUGUAUCACAAGGUGUGA